AUGGCUGCAACAACACCGAAUCACUCACUAACCGUAUCUGGGUGGGCAGCUCAUGAUUCUUCGGGCAAGAUUAGCAGCUAUACCUUCAAAAGAAGGGAAAACGGUGUUAACGAUGUGACCAUAAAGAUCUUGUAUUGUGGGAUCUGCCACACUGACCUUCACUAUGCUAAAGAUGAAUGGGGCAUUACCAUGUACCCUGUGGUACCCGGGCACGAGAUAGUUGGAGUGAUAACUAAGACUGGAAGCGAUGUGAAAGGGUUCAAGGAAGGAGAUAGAGUGGGUGUGGGGUGUUUGGCAGCUUCAUGUUUGGAUUGUGAACACUGCAAGACCGACCAGGAAAAUUACUGCGACAAGUUGCAAUUUGUGUACAACGGAAUCUUCUGGGAUGGCAGCAUCACCUAUGGUGGCUACUCCCAAAUCUUUGUUGCAGAUUACAGAUAUGUGGUACACAUUCCGGAGAGCCUGCCAAUGGAUGCGGCGGCUCCUCUGCUGUGCGCCGGAAUAACAGUGUUCAGUCCUCUGAAAGACCACGAUUUGGUGGCCUCGCCGGGGAAAAAGAUUGGGGUGGUUGGUUUGGGAGGGCUUGGACACAUAGCCGUUAAAUUUGGGAAGGCAUUUGGGCACCAUGUUACUGUCAUCAGCACUUCCCCUUCCAAAGAGGCUGAAGCUAAGCAACAUCUGGGAGCUGAUGAGUUCAUACUCAGCUCCAACCCUACACAAUUACAGGGUGCAAGGAGAAGCCUAGAUUUCAUACUGGACACUGUUUCUGCAGAGCACGCUCUCGUUCCCAUGUUGGAAUUGCUCAAAGUAAACGGCACCUUAUUUAUCGUGGGUGCACCGGACAAGCCCCUCCAAUUGCCUGCUUUUCCAUUGAUUUUUGGGAAGAGAUCAGUGAAAGGUGGGAUCAUUGGGGGAAUAAAAGAGACUCAGGAAAUGAUGAAUGUUUGUGCCAAGUACAACAUAACGAGUGACAUUGAGUUAAUCACACCAGACAGAAUCAACGAGGCCAUGGAACGUCUUGCCAAGAAUGAUGUUCGCUACCGUUUCGUCAUUGACAUUGCUGCUGCCACUUCCAACAACUAG